AUGGAUCUCGCCAACACGCUCAUCCGAAGCGUGGUCCGCGCCUUCUACGAGACCCGCCACAUCCUCGUGGUCGAUGCGCUCUUCAUCCACUCCGUAAUAAGUCUCCACGCAGAAGACCUCGCCUUCCUGCUUGGCAUGCAACAGAAAGACCUCCGCAAGUUAUGCGCCAAGUUGCGCGAGGACCGGCUGAUCUCAGUGAGCACGCGCGCCGAAAUCCGCGACGGCUCGACCCGCCCCGUCAACCGCGAAUACUACUACAUCCCGCUGCACCCGGUGGUGGACGCGAUCAAGUACAAAGUCUCCAAGCUCACGUCGACGAUCAAGGCGCAGUACACGCCCAGCGAGGAGCGCAAGGAGUACGUGUGCCUGCGGUGCGGGGCGGAGUGGACGGAGCUGGACGUGCUGAGCCUGUACUCGGAGGAAGGGUUCGAGUGCCAGAACUGCGGGGCGAUCCUGGAGCGGACGGAGGACGUGAAGGGGACGGAGGGGAUCGACCGGACGGGCCACGAGAAGAACAGCAAGCUGAUGAACCAGCUGGACCCGAUGCUGAAGCUGCUGAAGCAGAUCGACUCGGUGGAGGUGCCGCCCAACGACUUCGACACCGCCUGGGACCACAAGGUCGACGUCGUGCGCAACCAGCAGACCAACCCCACGCGGGCCUCGGUCGUCGUCCCCUCCAAGAACCACCCGGAGUCCGUCCGCGGCAACACCAAGACCGACGCCACCGCCCUCGAGAUCUCCCUGACCUCCAGCGAGGAGAAGAGCGCCGCCGAGCAGGCCGCCGAGGCCGCCCGCAAGGCCGCCGUCGAGAAGCAGAACGCCCUCCCCGUCUGGCACACCCACUCCACCGUCUCCACCGCCGCUGGGAGCAACCUGCCACUUGUGAAGACCGAAACCGAUGACGCCGACAUCAAACCCAUCAUCAAGGACGAGGACGAGGACCGCAAGCCCGACGUCGACGGCCUGGACGACAAAGUCGCCGCCUACUACGCCGAGAUGGAGCGCGAGAAGGCUCUGCAGGCCCAGCAGGACGCCAGCAGCGACGACGACGACGACGACGAGGACGACGAGGACGACGAAUUCGACGAGGAAUUCGAAGACGUCGGCGGCGUCUCCGCCAGCGAAACUACCAGCGCCGCCUCCCCCGCCGUUGCUGGUGGUGGUGCUGGUAGCCUCGGCCCCACCAGUGCGCCCAAAUCUACCAUCACCACCACCACCACCACCACAACCGCCCAAACAACAGUAGGAAUCAAACGCGAGCUCGACACAGAUUCAAGCUUCGCCAGCGCCACCCAGACAUCCGUCUCCUCGCCGGCCACGGACGGCGGCGGUCCCGCCGCCAAGAAAGUCAAGGUCGAGCCCGACAUCAAGAAGGAGGAAUCCGACGAGGACGACGAUGAGGAGUUUGAGGAUGUAUGAAGCGUCUCCUCGUCUCGUCUCUAAGCUUUGCUCACUUGCUUCUUUCUCCCCCCCCCCUAAGCUGAGUCUAUAGAUUCUUUCCCCUCCCACUUUCUACUUUCCUGCAAAACUUGAUGUUCUUUGCACAGGCGCUGGCGCCUAGCUAGAUAGUUUGGAAAGAAAUGAAAAAAAUGAUUCUUGAAACCACUACUGGAAUCGGAGAGGCGAGAAGAAAUUC